AUGGCGGCACUUCUCCAUCAUAGGAAAUUGAUGUUCAGCGAUGAUGGAGCCAUUACUGAGGAACCAUGCGCACGACCCUGCAGUUAUCCGACAUCGUACCACGACACUAUCAUCUGUCCCACAGAAUGCUUUGACGUCUGUCCUUCAAUCUGUGGCGGCCACAUCAAUCCGCCGCCAAACGUCGACCCCAACCCCAACGCUCUCUACGUCGUCGUCUUUCUCCCUGUGAUCAUGACCACCGUUUUGGUAUGCGGCUGCCUCUCCAUCUACAGGUGGACUGCCGGGCAAUCACAGCCGCCGCCGCAGCUCGCCGGCGCGCGGUGGCACGUCAGAGCGCCCGGAGGCCUGCGUUCCUCCGUCAUCGACGCGAUCGCGAUUCGCAGGUACAGGAAAGGGGAAGGAGCGGUGGAGGGAUCGGAGUGCCCGGUUUGUCUGAGCGAGUUCCGAGAAGAUGAGAUUCUUAGGGUUUUGCCGAACUGUAAGCACGCUUUUCACGUGGCGUGUGUUGAUGCUUGGCUAAAAUCACACGCGAAUUGCCCCGUCUGUCGUGCCGGCGUUGAAGGUAGUGAAAACUCCGAUGUUGCCCCGCCGGUGCUGGCUCUGAACGGGGGAUAUGGAGGAAUUCCGGUGAGUAAUGGAAGGGAAAGAGAGGGCUCCGAGGCUCAUCAGGAACUCGGGAGUCCUGUGAAUGAGAAAGAAGACGAGUCAACGGAACAAAAUAUAGUGCCAAAGAACAAUAAUAUUGUUGAACAUUCUUGA